AUGAAUAAAAAGCGAACUUUAAAUGAUUCAUUGUUUUAUACUCGCUUGAAAAAAAAAUAUAAAGAGAAUCGCCCAUCGAUUGAAGAAAUACAUACUAUUACACUAACUAAAUUAUAUUCGGCUCAAAAUAUAAUUUCAAAUAAAGAAACUAAGCAAAAUAAUACUAAUUUAAAAUCAUUGAAAUGUGAUGAUUGUGAUAAACUGAUUGUGUUUACAGCUGAUACACUAUCAGACUCUGAAGAUUAUCUUUGCACUAUUUGUCAUCAUAUUGUUUGUGAUAUAUGUAGGAUUAUACAAUAUCAACGAAAUAGCGUUAUUUAUUGUCUUGAAUGUAUAAAAUAUGCAAAAAAAUCCUAA